AUGAUAAGUUAAACAUUUGGCGAAUGUAAAUAAAAAUGGGUGGAUGCUCCGCUCCAAACUGCUCGAACUCUACAACUAUUGGAAAGCAGCUAUUUCGCUUUCCGAAAGACCCCGUGCGCAUGAGAAAGUGGCUUGUAAACUGUCGGCGUGAUUUUGUACCGACUCCCUGCUCCAGACUGUGCCAGGACCACUUUGAAGAAAGCCAGUUUGAGGAGAUCGCCAGAUCACCAGCAGGGGGAAGGAAACUCAAACCCAACGCAAUCCCCACACUGUUCAAUGUACCCGACCCUCCCUCUCCUGUCACCCCUCAAGUAGUGUUACCUAUUAAAAAUGAGCCAGUGGAAAAGGACUUAAACAUGGGGGACCAUGGAUAUGCCCGCCGACAGCCACCUGUGGAUUCAGAGGAGGAUGGGGUUCAGAGGACAGACGAGGAGCGACCCUGUUCUCUCUGCCAACAUUAUAAAACCAAACUGGAGCAACAACAGCAACACAAAGUCAGACUACAGAGAGAGGCAGAGGAGAUGAAGAAACGUCUUUACAAACUGAGUAAAAUCGAGAAGGGGCUACAGCUGUUCCUGUUUGAGGAUCAGAUACGCGCCCUAACGUUGGCCAAGCGUUCUCGGAGGGCAGUGUGGUCCCAUGAUACUUUACUGACAGCCCGUAAAAUCCGCUGCGCAGUGGGGGUUAAAGGAUACGAGUACCUAAGGGAACUGGGCUACCCUUUACCUUCUUACAGGACGCUUUGCAAUCGGCUGGAGCCCAAAAUGAUGGUGACCACUAGUAUGCAGGACGAACUGGCGGAGCUCAGCCUAGGCAUCAUAACAGCUUGUGACAGUCCAGAGGGCAACGUGACGAGUGAGGAACGACUGAUUGGAGUCAUGACCUGAGACACUGUGUUUGUAAGAAACUGCACUGAUGCUUGACUGUUAAAUCAGCCAAAGGCAAAGCUGCGGCAGGACUCGCAGAGGAUGUUUGUUUGCUGGGUAAAGUUAUUUUGGGUUGUUGUUGUUGCAUUUUGAAACCAUUUGCAUAAAUACCACAACA